AUGAUAGUGGAAGUUGAUGAAAAAGAUGUUAAAAAGGCUAAUGGUAAACAACUCAACAUGAACAUUAAUGAUGAAGAAAUUUUAAUAUAUGCCAAUGGUAAGAAAGACAACAAGAAUAUUGAUGAUGAAGAAGACCAGGAGAAGGGUGAUGAUGAAGAGGAUAUAGAGAAUCCUUAUGUUGAGAAAGGAAAGGAGAGAACCAUGAAGAUAAGAAAAAGAUUACUGAUGAUGAAGAAGAGAAUGCUAGUGACAAAAGACAGAAAGAAUGCUGACGAUGUAGGUGACAAAGAGGAUGUUGAUAAUGAAAACAAGCAGAAAACUGAUAGUGAAGAGGAAAAAAAGAAUCUUGAUGAGGAGAAGGACAAGAAGAUGGCUUAUGGUGGAAAAGAUGUCAAGAUUGUUGAUGGUGUAGAAAAAAACAAUAUUGAUAUUGAUAAUACUAAUACUACGGAAGAUGAAGAAAAAGAAAGGCAGAAGUUGCGAGGUUUUAAAUCUGAUGAAAAAACUAAGUCGAAAUCUAAAUUUGAUGGUAUUCUUUCUGGUGAAGACAUUGUCCAGGAUGAUUUUAAAGAAAAAAAAUCCCAAAAGACAAAUGAAGAUAAAAAGCACCUAAUUUCAAGAGAUUAUUCGAAGGAAGACUUGGGAAUAUCUGAAUUGAAAGACAACACUAAUCCAAUUUCCGAUGAGAUCUCAUUUAGGAAAGAUAAUGAGAAAACUUCAUCUUCUAAUGAUGAAAUUAAUGCUAAAAUAAAGCCGGAACAUCCGAACUCAGAAGGAACAUAUGCCCGGAUGAGAACGUUGUCACCAGUUGGUGAAAACAUGAAUGAAAAGUCCGCGGAUGGCGAUGUCGUGGAUCAUGGAAGCAGAAAGGAAUUGUCAAAACAAAAGGAAGGAAUUGUGGACGAGACACAGAGGCAAAUAAAUGACGAUGCAAAGGACUUGAUUGAUGAUGUAAAGAUAAUCUUCCAAAUGUGA